AUGGCCGCCGUGUCGGUUCCCGGCGUGCGGCUCCUCACGGUCGGGGACGCCAACGGGGAGAUCCAGCGGCACCAGGAGCAGCAGCCGCUCCGCCUCGAGGUCCGCACCGGCCCCGACAGCGCCGCCAUCGCCCUCUACGGCCAUGAAGACCUGUGCGUGUUCAAGUGCUCCGUGUCCCGAGACACCGAGUGCAGCCGGGUGGGGAAACAAUCCUUCAUCAUCACCCUGGGCUGCAACAGCGUGCUGCUGCAGUUUGGGACCCCCAACGAUUUCUGCUCCUUUUACAACAUCCUGAAGAACUGCCGGGCACAACACGGAGCGCUCGUGUUCAGCGAGAGGACCGAGGAGUCCUCGGCCGUGCAGUACUUCCAGUUCUAUGGGUACCUGUCCCAGCAGCAGAACAUGAUGCAGGAUUACGUCCGCACCGGCACGUACCAACGCGCCAUCCUGCAGAACCACAGCGACUUCAAGGACAAGAUUGUUCUGGAUGUUGGCUGUGGCUCGGGCAUCCUCUCGUUUUUUGCAGCCCAGGCCGGGGCCAGGAAGAUUUACGCCGUGGAGGCGAGCACCAUGGCCCAGCACGCUGAGGUGCUGGUGAAGAGCAACAACCUGACGGAGCGCAGUGUGAUCCCGGGCAAGGUGGAGGAGGUGUCCCUACCUGAGCAGGUGGACAUCAUCAUCUCGGAGCCCAUGGGCUACAUGCUGUUCAACGAGCGCAUGCUGGAGAGCUACCUGCACGCCAAAAAAUACCUGAAACCUACAGGUAACAUGUUCCCCACGAUCGGGGACGUUCACCUGGCGCCCUUCACGGACGAGCAGCUCUACAUGGGCAGUUCACCAAGGCCAACUUCUUCCCAGUUCACCAAGGCCAACUUCUGGUACCAGCCGUCGUUCCACGGCGUGGAUCUGUCGGCGCUGCGCGGGGCGGCCGUGGAUGAAUACUUCAGACAGCCCGUGGUGGACACGUUUGACAUCCGGAUCCUGAUGGCCAAAUCCGUCAAGUACACCGUGAACUUCCUGGAGGCCAAGGAGGGCGACCUGCACAGGAUAGAAAUCCCCUUCAAGUUCCACAUGCUGCACUCGGGGCUCGUUCACGGCCUCGCCUUCUGGUUCGACGUCGCCUUCAUCGGCUCCAUAAUGACAGUGUGGCUCUCCACGGCCCCCACGGAGCCCCUGACCCACUGGUACCAGGUGCGCUGCCUCUUCCAGUCGCCGCUCUUCGCCAAGGCGGGGGACACGCUGUCGGGGACGUGUUUGUUGAUUGCCAAUAAAAGGGUCAGUUAUGGGGUCCAUGGCUCCAUGAAGUGA